AUGCAGGCUCAGCCGCUGCUCUACGAGUUCUUCAGCGAGGAGAACGCGCCCAAGUGGCGGGGGCUGCUAGUGCCCGCCCUCAAGAAGUAGUCGCUUCUUUGAAACUAUACUUCUGAGCCAACUGUACAACUCGCUGCUGCUUGUGGUGCUUGUAAGCACUUGGACAGCCACCCAGCCUGCUUGGAAACUGGUGCUACCCAAGAUCUCAACCAGCAAGAGUUCAUUCCUUUGGAGGAUGGUUUAUUCCAUGGUGUAGCAGAGAUUUAUUAAAUUUGGGAUGACCCUUACUGCUAAUUACUGGAGGACACAGACUGAGAAUUUGAGUCAAGUACGAACUAAGACUUUGGAAUUACUUGCUGCAUCUGAAGUGCAAGAUUUCUUCCAAGAAGAUGAGCCAUUUGUGAAGUUACCCUGCGUUAAAGAUGCUUGCUGCUGGAUAAAUUCCUUUGGGGGGGGAAGAGAAUUGUGAAGUCUAAAGUCAACAGUGAAGGAUAAUGAUGACAAGCUACCAUGGAUGACAAACUGGCCCUGCAAGUUCUCCUUCAGAUGCUGUCAAGAUAGACUCCACUGUACUCAGUUAAGAAGAAAAUGAUGUGUACUGAGAUGUUUCUCUGCCUCAUCGCUGUUAUUUUGAAGCAAUGAAAGUGUUGCAGAAAUCCCAGGUUGUGAUGAAAGACAGUAAUUGUGGUGAUGAGGUACAAGAAAAGGAAGUAAGAAUAACAGCUGGUGUCUGAAAUUGUAGUUACAGAGAUGGAAAGGUGAGAUGCUGGGGCUGAAGACAAAGGAUUCAAGACACGUGAAACACCAGAGCUGUUGGGUGCCUGGAGGUGGAAACUUUUAAUACACCUUGCAAAACGGACUCGGAAGGGACAUCUGCAAAGUGAUGCCUCUUCCAACAUUGGUGUUCCUUCACUAAUGGAUUAUGACCAGAAUAAAAUGUUCAGGUGCAAGUCCAUCCUAAACUUUCCUCUACUGAAGAUGCAUUGCAGUAUGUGGAGGAGUUAAUUCUCCAGUUGUUAAAUAUGUUGUGUCAAGCCCAACCAAGAAGUUUCCUGGAUGUAGAGGAUCGUGUUCAAAAAAGUUUUCCCCAUCCUAUUGACAAAUGGGCAAUAGCUGAUGCCCAGUCUGCUAUUGAGAAGAGGAAGCGAAGAAAUCCGUUAUCUCUCCCAGUAGAAAAAAUCCAUCCUUUAUUAAAGGAAGUUCUAGGCUACAAAAUUGACCACCAAGUGUCUGUUUACAUAGUGGCAGUAUUAGAAUACAUUUCUGCAGACAUCUUAAAACUGGUUGGGAAUUAUGUGCGGAAUAUAAGACAUUAUGAGAUUACAAAACAAGAUAUUAAAGUGGCAAUGUGUGCUGAUAAGGUAUUAAUGGAUAUGUUCCAUCAAGAUGUAGAAGAUUUAAGUGCACUAACUUUAUCUGAUGAGGAACCCUCCACCUCAGGGGAGCAAACCUAUUAUGACCUUGUAAAGUCAUUCAUGGCAGAGGUUCGACAAUAUAUAAGGGAACUAAAUCUCAUUAUCAGAGUUUUUAGAGAGCCAUAUGCCUCCAAUUCCAAAUUGUUUUCAUCUCAUGAUGUGGAAAAUAUAUUUAGUCGUAUAUCAGACAUACAUGAACUUAGUGUUAAGUUAUUGGGUCAUAUAGAAGACACCGUUGAAAUGACAGAUGAAGGUAGUCCUCAUCCCCUAGUAGGCAGCUGUUUUGAAGACAUGGCUGAGGAAUUAGCAUUUGAUCCGUAUGAAUCAUAUGCACAAGAUAUUUUGCGACCUGGUUUUCAUGAUCAUUUUCUAAGUCAAUUAUCAAAGCCAGGAGCAGCAUUUUAUUUACAGUCAAUAGGUGAAGGCUUUAAAGAAGCUGUUCAGUAUGUUCUACCCCGGCUGCUCCUGGCCCCUGUUUACCACUGUCUUCAUUACUUUGAACUGCUAAAACAAUUGGAAGAAAAAAGUGAGGAUGAAGAGGAUAAAGAGUGCUUAAAGCAAGCAAUAACUGCCCUACUUAAUCUUCAAAGCAGUAUGGAACGGAUAUGCUCCAAAAGUCUUGCAAAACGAAGGCUUAGUGAAUCUGCAUGCCGGUUCUAUACUCAGCAAAUGAAGGGGAAACAGCUGGCAAUUAAGAAAAUGAAUGAAAUCCAGAAAAAUAUUGAUGGCUGGGAGGGUAAGGACAUUGGACAAUGCUGUAACGAGUUCAUCAUGGAAGGAACACUCACACGUGUAGGAGCAAAGCAUGAGAGGCACAUAUUUCUAUUUGAUGGCUUGAUGAUUUGCUGUAAGUCAAAUCAUGGCCAGCCAAGACUUCCUGGUGCUAGCAAUGCAGAAUAUCGUCUAAAAGAAAAGUUCUUCAUGCGAAAGGUACAAAUCAAUGAUAAGGACGACACUAACGAGUACAGACAUGCUUUUGAAAUAAUCUUAAAAGAUGAGAACAGUGUUAUUUUUGCUGCUAAAUCAGCUGAGGAGAAAAACAACUGGAUGGCAGCAUUGAUAUCUUUGCAAUAUAGAAGCACGCUGGAAAGAAUGUUGGAUGUAACAAUGUUGCAGGAAGAAAAAGAGGAGCAGAUGAGAUUUCCAAAUCCUGAGCUUUACAGAUUUGCAGAACCCGACUCUGAAGAGAAUAUUGUGUUUGAAGAAAACAUGCAGCCCAAAUCUGGAAUCCCCAUCAUCAAGGCAGGAACUGUUGUCAAGCUUAUUGAGAGGCUGACUUACCACAUGUAUGCAGAUCCCAACUUUGUUCGGACUUUUCUCACGACAUAUAGAUCCUUCUGUAAACCUCAAGAGUUGCUGAGUCUGCUAAUAGAAAGAUUUGAAAUUCCAGAGCCUGAGCCCACAGAAGCUGAUCGUAUUGCUAUGGAAAAUGGAGACCAGCCUCUUAGUGCAGAGUUAAAACGAUUUAGGAAAGAGUACAUUCAACCUGUGCAGCUACGAGUAUUAAAUGUGUGUCGACACUGGGUAGAACACCACUUCUAUGACUUUGAAAGAGAUGCUGAUCUUCUGCAGCGUUUAGAGGAAUUCAUUGGAACAGUAAGAGGCAAAGCGAUGAAGAAAUGGGUUGAAUCUAUCACAAAGAUCAUCAACCGGAAGAAGCAGGCACAAGCCAUUGGGCAAAGUCACAACAUUACUUUUGAGAGCCCUCCUCCGGCGAUUGAAUGGCACAUAAGCAAACCAGGACACACAGAGACUUUUGACUUGCUCACUUUGCAUCCAAUCGAAAUUGCUCGGCAGCUUACUUUACUUGAGUCAGAUUUUUACAGAGCUGUGCAGCCAUCUGAACUAGUUGGGAGUGUGUGGACAAAGGAAGAUAAAGAAAUUAAUUCUCCCAAUCUUCUCAAAAUGAUAAGGCAUACAACUAACCUCACUUUGUGGUUUGAAAAAUGCAUCGUAGAAACAGAAAACCUGGAGGAAAGAGUUACUGUAGUGAGCCGGAUAAUUGAAAUCCUGCAAGUAUUUCAAGAGCUAAACAACUUUAAUGGUGUCCUUGAGAUUGUCAGUGCUAUGAACUCCGCAGCAGUGUAUAGGUUGGAUCACACAUUUGAGCAAAUUCCAAGUCGCCAGAAGAAGAUUUUAGAAGAAGCUUAUGAGCUGAGUGAGGAUCAUUAUAAGAAAUACUUGGCAAAACUCAGGUCCAUUAAUCCUCCUUGUGUGCCUUUUUUUGGGAUUUACUUAACUAACAUUUUGAAAACAGAAGAAGGCAACCCUGAAUUUCUAAAGCGACAUGGGAAGGAACUUAUAAACUUCAGCAAGAGAAGAAAAGUAGCUGAAAUCACAGGAGAGAUACAGCAGUACCAGAACCAGCCGUAUUGUUUAAGAGUGGAAUUUGACAUCAGGAGAUUUUUUGAAAACCUGAAUCCAAUGGGAAACAGCAUAGAGACGGAAUUUACAGAUUACCUGUUCAACAAGUCACUGGAGAUAGAGCCACGAAAUGUCAAGCCUCCACCAAGAUUUCCCAAAAAAUAUAGCUAUCCUCUCAAGUCCCCAGGUGUUCGCCCCUCUAAUCCAAGGCCUGGUACCAUGAGACAUCCUACACCCCUGCAACAGGAGCCACGGAAAAUCAGUUACAGCCGCAUCCCAGAGAGCGAGACUGAAGCAACAGCAUCUGCACCAAACUCUCCUCGAACACCUUUGACUCCUCCCCCUGCUUCUGCUACUUCGAGUACUACAGAUGCCUGCAGCGUGUUUGACUCGGAUCCUUCAAGUCCUUUUCAUGCAAGAUCUGCUUCUGUGUCAUCCAUAAACUUCACCAAAAAUUCAGAUGAAGCUCAUGUCCCUCCUCCAGUUCCUCCACGAAGACGACCAGAGUCUGCCCCAGCUGAAUCCUCCCCAUCAAAAAUAACUUCUGUGCACCUGGACAGCCCACCAGCAAUCCCUCCUAGGCAACCAACCUCUAAAGUGUAUUCACCAAGGUACUCAGUGCCUGAUCGGACCUGCAUCUCUGACCCCCCUGAAAGCCCUCCUGUGUUACCACCACGAGAACCUGUGCGAACUCCAGAUGUUUUCUCUAGCUCACCACUACACCUCCAACCUCCACCACUGGGCAGAAAAAGCGAACUUGGUAACACUUUUUUCCCAAACAGUCCUUCUCCGUUUACUCCCCCUCCCCCUCAGACACCUUCUCCACAUGUAGCACGGAGGCAUCUUCCAUCACCACCUUUGAUACCGCAAGAUGUGGACCUCCAUCCUGUUGCUGGACCACCUGUUCCUCCACGACAAAGCACUUCUCAACAUAUCCCAAAGCUUCCUCCAAAAACUUACAAAAGGGAGCACACACACCCAUCGAUGCAUCGAGACGGACCACCGUUGCUGGAGAAUGCCCACUCCUCCUGAACUAUCCCUUGCACUGGGAGUCGCGUUUUCCUGGUGCUACGUCUGUUGCUGGCAAUGGAUGCACUGGACCUGGUGGUGCCAAGGAGUUGGGAUGUGUAUGCCAAACACUAAAAACUCUCCAAUAGAUUGGAAAUGCAGUGUACAGAAAUGGAAUUGCAAAACCAGACAUUCUAGUGGGAAAAAAAAAUGGUUAACUUGUACAUGUACACAACUUCUUGGUUUAGUAUGCGGGACAUUGUUCUAAAGUAAUUGGACAACUGAUUGUACCAGAAAACAGACUUGAGAGACUUCUUUGGCCAAUGAGCAGAGACUGUGUUUGUGUAAUGAUCAAUAAUGUCCAGUACAGGAAGGAAAACAGUCUUGUAUCCAUCAGUUCCAUACAGUGGCACAGUUUUUGGAAUUAAAACAUUAUGCACUUUUUUUAAAUCUCAAACAGGGAACUUUAUAUCCUUCUUAAUCUUCCUUUGCUUUACUCCCUGCUUUAAAAUACCUUCCUAAAAUUAUGAGAAGGACUGUGAGGAAGAUCUGUGGUACCUAACCGAGCUAGAAUUAAGGCGAAGCACUGUAUUGCGGUCCUGUUUACAAGUUGUUACAAUGAGCAGUAGGGGGUACCUAGGCUUCACCAAAGAGGUACUUUAUUAUUAUUUUCUGAAAUACUAUGGUGCCAGUUCAAAAAUAAAUUUUUGCCAGGAAGCAUAAUGUCUAAUUAUUGCUUUCUUUAGAUAGAGCAGAUGAAAGUCUUACAUCAUUAAGAUGACAGCAAGUUUUCUUUUAAGAAGCAGCACUAUCAUCCGAAGUAAAUAUACUACUACAUUUAGAAGACUGUUAAUCUCUGCUAGGUUAUGUCACGUUCCUUUUAAGGUUUACUGAUAAUCCAUUUCAUGGCUAGUAGCUGCUCUUUUUCAGUCACGCCAUGAAAACAGUCACUUGUGAAAAGGAGCACUCACUUGUCAACUUCCAUAGCUAUUGUCAUGUUUUACUAACAAUAGAUUAAUCAGCAUACAUAGGAUUGCCUUGCAGUUGCAUAAAUCAUGUGUAUAUAGUGAACGUUGCAUAAAUAUACUUGCAAAUUGUUUUUAAUUUAAUUGAAAUAAAGAUACAGAUAUGUUCAGCUGA